AUGGGUAUCAAGAAUUUCCUCGGCAAACUGUUUGCACGUCGAGUAGAACUCGAUGAAAUCAAACAAGACGAUAUCAUCAUUCUCGUGGUUGGCCCGACCGGGUCUGGAAAGAGUUCAUUCAUCAACACUGCGGCUAAGAAGCAUCUUGUAUCCGUCGGGCACGGAUUAGCGUCGCGGACAUCGACAGUAAAGACAGUGAAGUGUUUGAUUCCAAACGAUGGCGACGGUCGCAGUGUCAUCUUCGUGGAUACUCCUGCCUUCAAUAAUAGCGAGAAAACUAUAGCAGAGGUAGAGAAUGUCCUAGAGAGAUGGCUCAAACAAAACAAAGUACAAAAUAAUACGAUUGCUGGAAUACUCUACCUCCACCCAAUUUCACAGCCGAGAAUGACAGAGAGGCCUGCCGCGCAUCUUGCGAGGCUGAUGAGACUCGCUGGCGACGAUCCAAAGAGGAUCCUUCUUGUGACUACAAUGUGGCCCAGCGGCGAUAGAACGACUGCCGAACGGCGAGAAGGGGAGAUACUGGAGAAGUAUUGGAACGGCACGGGGAGGGAUGAUGCGAUUCAUUACGAAGAACAGACCCCCGAAGCUGCUUGGAUAGUGGUUGAGAGGCUGUUGGAGGGGUCAGACCACUAA